AUGCCAGGCCUGACUCUCCUGGGCCUCAUGGCUCUCUCGGGCCUCGGAGCAGGCACCCCACUGUGCUUAUCCUGGCAGCUCAGGAUGCAAGGGGACUAUGUGCUGGGUGGGCUCUUCCCCCUGGGCGCGGCCGACGAUGCAGGUCUCAGCGACAGGACUUAACCCAAUGCCAGCAUGUGCACCAGGUUCUCGUCCCUUGGCCUGCCCUGGGCGCUGGCCAUGAAGAUGGCUGUGGAGGAGAUCAACAACGGGUCUGCCCUGCUGCCAGGGCUGCACCUGGGCUACGACCUCUUCGAUGCGUGUUCAGAGCCUGCGGUGGCCAUGAAGCCCAGCCGCAUGUUCAUGGCCAAAGCGGGCAGCUGCGACAUUGCCGCCUACUGCAGUUACACGCAGUACCAGCCCCACGUGCUGGCUGGCAUUGGACCCCGUUCAUCCGAGCUCACCCCCGUCACCAGCAAGUUCUUCAGCUUCUUCCUCGUGCCGCAGGUCAGCUACGGUGCCAGCACUGACCAGCUGAGCAACCGGGAGAUCUUCCCGUCCUUCUUCCGCACGGUGUCCAGCGACCGCGUGCAGGUGGUGGCGAUGGCGGAGCUGCUUCAGGAGCUCGGCUGGAACUGGGUGGCCGUGGUGGGCAGUGAUGACGAGUAUGGCCGGCAGGGCCUGAGCCUCUUCUCCAGCCUGGCCAACGCCAGGGGCAUCUGCAUUGCACACAAGGACCUGGUGCCACUGCCGCACGUGGGCAGCCUGCCGCUGGGCACCGCCCAGGACCUGCUGCACCAGGUGAACCAGAGCAGUGUGCGGGUGGUGGUGCUGUUCUCCUCCGCCCAUGCCGCCCGCACCCUCUUCAGCUACAGCAUCCACUACAAGCUCUCGCCCAAGGUGUGGGUGGCCAGUGAGGCCUGGCUGACCUCAGACCUGGUCAUGACAGUGCCCAGUAUGGCUGAGGUGGGCACCGUGCUCAGCUUCCUACAGCAGGGCGCCCCGAUGCCCAAGUUCCCAUCUUACAUGCGGACCCGCCUGGCCCUGGCUGCUGAUCCCGCCUUCUGUGCCUCCCUGGACACUGAAUAGCUGGGUCUGGAGGAGCACGUGGUGGGGCCAUGCUGCCCCCAGUGUGACCACAUCAUGCUGGAGAACAUAUCUGCGGGGCUGCUGCACCACCAGACCUUCGCUGCCUACGCGGCUGUGUAUGCCGUGGCCCAGGCCCUCCACAACACGCUGCUCUGCAAUGCCUCAGGCUGCCCCCCGCGGGAGCCUGUGCGGCCCUGGCAGCUCCUGGAGAACAUGUACAACACAAGCUUCCGCACUCGCGGAGUGGAGCUACAGUUCGAUACCAGCGGGAACGUGAACAUGGACUAUGACCUGAAACUGUGGGUGUGGCAGGACCCGACGCCUGAGCUGCGCACUGUAGGAGCCUUCGAUGGCCGCCUGGAGCUCUGGCAGUCCCAGCUGUCCUGGCACAUGCCCGGGGACCAGCGGCCCGUGUCCCAGUGCUCCUGGCAGUGCAGGGAGGGCCAGGUGCGCCGAGUGAAGGGCUUCCACUCCUGCUGUUAUGACUGUGUGGACUGCAAGGCUGGCAGCUACCAGCGCAGCCCAGUGGACCUCCUCUGCACCCAGUGUGACCAGGACCAGUGGUCCCCGGACCGGAGCACACACUGCUUUCCCCGCAGGCCCACGUUCCUGAUGUGGGGGGAGCCAGCCAUGCUGGUACCGCUUACACUGCUGGGCUUGGCGCUGGGCCUGGUGCUGGCGGCCCUGGGGCUCUUCAUCUGGUACUGGGACAGCCUGCUGGUUCAGGCCUCAGGCGGGCCACGGGCCUGCUUUGGCCUGGCCUGCCUGGGCCUUGUCUGCCUCAGCAUGCUCCUCUUCCCCGGCCACUGCCUGUCCCAGCAGCCCCUGCUCCACCUUCCCCUCGCUGGCUGCCUGAGCACACUCUUCCUGCAGGCGGCCCAGAUAUUUGUGGGUUCGGAGCGGCCACCCAGCUGGGCAGAGCAGCUGCGUGGCUGCCUGCAGGGACCCUGGGCCUGGCUGGUGUUGCUGCUUGCUCUGCAGGCGGAAGCAGCACUGUGUGCCUGGUACCUGGUGGUCUUCCCACCAGAAGUGGUGACGGACUGGUGGGUGCUGCUCACAGAGGCGCUGGUGCACUGCUGCGUGCGCUCCUGGAUCAGCUUUGGCCUGGUGCAUGCCACCAAUGCCACGCUGACCUUCCUCUGCUUCCUGGGCACCUUCUUGGUGCAGAGCCGGCCAGGCCACUACAACGGCGCCCGCAGCCUCACUUUUGCCAUACUGGCCUACUUCAUCACCUGGAUCUUUGUGCCCCUCUUUGCCAAUGUGCACAUGGCCCACCAGCCCACUGUGCAGAUGGGCGCCAUCCUCCUCUGUGCACUGGGCAUCCUGGCCACCUUCCACCUGCCCAAGUGCUACCUGCUGCUGUGGCGGCCGGAGCUCAACACCCCUGAGUUCCUGGGAGACAAUGCUGGAGGACAGGGCAAGUGGUACUGGGGGGAAGGAGACUCAGGGCAAAAACAAGUGACCCCUGACCCAGUGACCUCACCCCAGUGA